AAAGGAGAAACAUUUGUGCACGCAGAGAAGCGGGGAUUCGAUAUUUUAAGAGAACAAACAGGGGAAGCGUGCAAAUUGUCCUGGGCAAGUGCAUCAUUGCGUGUUUGUGAGCAUACGUGUAUGUAUGUGAGCGUAUGUAUGUGCAUUUCUGCGCAUGCAUGCGCGUGGCCACACCCUCCCAUGUGCACCCAGCGUACAUGCGAAAGAAAAAAUAAAAAAACCACCCCUAAGGAGUAAAUCGAGGGGAUCGACCGCGCACAGUUGAAUUGUUCGCACUGUAAUAAAAAAAGUUCCGUACGUAUGUAUGCUCAUACGAAUUCAUAUGCGCGUGAAAAUACUUAUUCGUAGCCGUAUGUGUAUGCACGGAUGUACGUAUGCACAUGCACGCCCAUCUCUCCUCAACGAUGACUGGCAGCAAAAGCCAAAUGGAGGAGGAACAUGCUCCAGAAAUUGCCCCAAGAGAGGGGGCCAAAAACAGGAAAACAUUCCGCAGCUUCCACUUUUUGAAAAAAAAAAAUGAAGAACGUAGUGCCGAUAAUAAAAGAAACAUGGACCACAUGUUCUCAUCCAGUAUGAGUUAUUACACUUCCGUGAAGGAUAAUCAGAAGGAGGUGAUUAACGGAAAAGGAUCCAAGUUGCAUGUACGCGAUUUGGAAAUCCCCAAUGUCAGGGUGAAAAAUAAAUUUCAGUUUGUUCAUGUGCAUGGCGCAGAAAAUGAUUCUCCGAAUCCUUGUCUUCAUGAAUCUAGUGACCGGGGGGACGCUGCCCUCCCCCACGAGUUAAGCGGCGCGUCCGACAGAGACAGGCACAGCGCAGUUAGUGGAGCAGUUAGUGGAGCAGGUAAUGGUGCAGUCCAUGGUGCGAGCCAUAACUCGAGUAACCACGCGAGUAACCACGUGAAUAACCACGCGAGUAACAACCCCAGCCAGAACCCCGCGCAGGAUGAGGACGAAAAUGCCUCCCUGAGGGGUGACUCUUCCGCUCCAAGUACAUCCAGAAGAAAUGAAGAGCACGAGGAGAGUCACGCUAGAGGCACCGCCAUUGGGCAGGAAACGAAUGGACAGUCAUUAGGCACCAUUUCGGGAAAUGUCGGGGAGGUGAGGAACGUUAGUCGGGGCAGCGGAUCGAGUGGAAAUAUUCCCUGCGAGAAUGCCCCUAUUGAGAACCCCCUUAGUGAGAAUCGAGUAAUCGAGGGUACACCCCCCCCUAGUGGAGGAAACAUCGAAACGCAAAACGAUCUUCUGACAAGCAUGCAAAGCCAAAACAGGAAUGAGGCACAGAAUGACCCAAGUCGAAGCCGAAAUUCGGCAGAAAACGGAUCCAAUGCAGAGGAGUUAGACUACUACGUGUUAACGAUAAGGGACUUAAGAAACACGCACGUGAAUGAAAGCGAAUAUGAAAAUGAAGAAGGGCUUGAGCUAGCUUUCUAUCAGAGAUGCUUUAUAGGGAAAAUACUAGGGUAUGAAAUAAAGCCCAUUUUAGAAGAAUACAAUUUGAAUAAAGCCAUUAGGCUAAUUCUGUUCAUCCUUGUGAUGCUGGCCCUUUUCAGCAUGGAAUUUGCCCUACUAUAUAAUAACCUAUUAAAAGUAAGGGUGGCAGAAAACCAGUUUUUGCUGAUCGAGUCAAAUUACAACAACGCAUUUUUAAAUAAUUUCCUGUUUCAAUUUAAUGAAAAGGAACUAAAAACGUGGCAUCUAACGAAUGAUAUGAUAAGGGACGAAAUAACGAACGGGAAUUUUGCACUCCACAACAAUAUGUGUGAUGUGGUUAACAAGUUAAAUGUAAGUUGUGAUCAUUUACUAGAAUUCUACAAAUCGAAUGAUGAAAAGAAUAAAGAAAAAAUAAUCGAAAAUUCUAUUCAACUGUAUGACGAACUGAGCAAGAAAAAUAUGUCCAUUUAUAGGGUAAAGGAAUCUUUACUAAAUCCGUGUAAAGAUAUAAGCUCCAAAACGUUCAGCGGAGGAAGUAAUUAUAUAUUUUUAUUUGUAUCUCAAAAGAAGCAUCUAAAAAUUAGCACCCUCUUUCUAAUACUGACGGUAUUUUUCUUCUGCAUGCGUAUCGCCCUAAUUUUGUCUAGAAUUCUAUACGACUUUGUGUUAUUUUUAUGCUUCAAGAAUUACCGGCUGUCAAUCGAGAGCAAAAGGAAGUACCUUGCCAAAUACAUGUGGUCAGUGAGCACCAUCUUGUUUUUAGAAAUCAUUCUAGGGGACGACUGCGUCAUUUGGUGGCUACACGAUAUAGACCCCAUUUUCAAUUACCACUUUCAAUAUUUUCUAUGGUACAUAUCUUUGUUUUGCCUAUUGUCGUAUGUACUACAUAGAGUGUUUAGGAAAUAUGCAGUAAGAAAUGACAGUAACAAUUGCUCUUCAGCUUCGUUCUCCAUGCAGUAUGUGCACGAUUUUCUGUUCGGGAUUAACAUCGUUUUUGCCUGCCUCUUUAUCCUAUUAAAUAUAAGCAAGGCCACCGUCAUCACGAUCAUCGUCACGGAUAUAGUGCUCUUCAUAGACAUUUUAAAUGACUCCUACUUGGAACAAAUACGACUAACCAAUUUUGAAGAGUUCCCAUCGAAUCGGCAAAGAAAGAAAAAAUUCUACAUAAUUGAAAAUAAAAAAAAAAAUGGAAAGAAGUUUACCCUAGUUAGAUUAAAUGAGCACAUUUAUCGGGAGGUCACCCAGGAGAGUAACUCAGAAAAACGAGCAAGCAAAAGCAAAGGUGACUUGGAUGCCGGUAAUAAAGGAGGGCUAAAAAAAUCGUGUGAAAAAAAAAACAAAAUCUUUAACUUGAGGAAUGUAUUUAAUAAGGGAAACAUAAAGAAGAAAAAAAUUCCAAAAAAUGUCACCGCAAAUGGGAAAGAACUCGAGGAGGGCAACGGUAUUAAUAGUGAGGAGGAAAAUCAUAGUCAUGUAAAUGGGGACAAAUAUGACGGUAUAGACAACCCAGGCACGUCCUCUGUGGAGUAUUGCGAAAUUUGCGAUGAGCGCUUUAAAAAUGUGGUGCUCUAUCCCUGCAUGCAUGGAGGGUUUUGCGAAACCUGCAUACGGUCCAUGAUAUUCAAUUCGCUCAAGUUGAAGGAUUCCUUUCCCAAUUGUCCCCUUUGCCGAGAUGCCAUCAAGAAUGUCUACAAAAUAUCGUACGAGGAUUGUCAGAAGAAGGUGCAGGCCGUCACAAUACUCACUAUCAGGGCGAAGCAAUGAUAUGUUUUUUUUGCAUAUCGCGCAGAAGAUGGUUGCCGCAGCGUUGUGUGUACGCGGUAGUAUGCUUGCCCCCUUUCACAGUCAGAAGCUGUGACCCCCUCCACCUCUGCUCGGACGAUCGUUUGUUUUGUUUCACUCGUAUCACCCCCAUUUGUUCCUUUGUUUUUUCAUUUUUAAAAAUCGUCCGCGUGUGCGCAGCAUGCCCGCUGGCGGAGCUACCUAUGUGUGUGCAUAUCUACAUGGAUGUGUAUACCCACUCGCGUGCGCUAAAGUCCAAUCGGUAGCCAUCGCGGAAGGGGAACCCUCUGCCCCCUGUGGGAACCGCGCAGAGGAGCACAUGCAAAAGUAAUUGGAACGGCAUGUGCAUUCCCUUUGUUUCGGCGGCUUCCGAUGAUUCUACGUCCAUCCCGUUGUUCCUCGCCCCUUCUCUUGUACCGUUUUUUUUUUUGUUUUUUUCGUUUCCCUCCUUGU